AUGGGCAACGGCAAAGGCGGGAGCUCUUGGGCCAAUGCUUGCAAGUUCGGAGCUGCGUGCAAGCUCAGCAAGCGGUCUAAGGACAAGUUCUGCUCCAUCCACUCUACAUGUGGUUGGCCUACAUGCGGUACAAAGGUCUUGGAUAUAGAAGGAGGCAAUUUCCUAUACUCUUAUAUCGGUCACAAGCAAUGGUUUUGCCGCGAUCACUCCUGUAAGGCAAAGGUCAAAGACAAGCAGUGCUACGAGCUGCGCGAUAAGAACUCACAAUACUGUGAAGAGCACUCCAAAGAGUUCCAGUGCAAGAUGCCGAAGUGCGACUCCGACCGGGAUGGUUCUGAACGGUAUUGCAAGAAACACCAUUGUGGAGUGGACGACUGCCACCGUCGAGUACUCAGCUUAGCGGAUGAUGAAAUGGCAGGUCGAGAUAAGAAAAAGUGCUAUAAGCAUCAACGCUGUGAAGCCUCGAGAGACUGCAAGAACUACUCGCUUUGGGAUCCCGACAAAACUCCAACAAGGCUCUGUGCGAACCAUUCAAAAUGCGAGUUCUUCCAGGCCUGCAACGGCUUUGCCCAAGGAGAUUCGAGAUUCUGUACCGAUCACGAGUGCGACCAACAGGGCUGCCUGCAGCCUCGGGAUGUUCAUAAUGGCCUGAUUAUGAGAUGGUGCCAUAUGCACUUGUGCUCCGCGCCUGGAUGCCCCGACUUUGCUAACGGACAUGAGCAGACUGUUCAGAAAUUGUCCAGUACAACAAUCCCAACUCUCAUUUCUGCCAAACUCACGCCUGCUCCGAGCCUGCAUGUACCAAUGAGUCAACAAUCCCCGGUGGAUAUUGCUUUGCCCAUUCAUGCACCACCCCAGGCUGCCGUGCGCCCCGAGAACGGGGUUCUCCAUUCUUCCCCACCCUUUGCACACUCCAUGGGGACGAGAGAGCGGAACAACAAGAGAGGUACUAUCAUUAUACAGUUUCUCCUUCUCGGGCAACAUCUCGCUCGAGUAGCAGGACUAGUAGCCAUGACUCCCGGCGCAUGCCGAGGUCACUUCGCCAACAGCAAUACCAUUACCCAACCUAUCAGGAUCCGUUUCAGGCCUCAGAAGCUAAUCGUCGAUAUGCGUAUCAUAACAUAG